AUGGCGCAAUAUGGUCUGUUUGUAAAUGCUAAAGAAUUAUCUGUUGAGGCUACCAACAAAAAGCUUGAACAACUCCACAGCGACGAAGCAUGCCGUGGGAGCUUUUAUUUGGUCACCACCACUGACUACUCUGACGUUCCGAGAGCAGGAGAUGCGCAUCGUUCCAAGGUAGCAGAGGUAACACCUGGAUUACUCCGAGUGAAUCACUUGAUAUGGACCGAAACCGCACCCAUAUUCUAUCACAACAACAUCUUUACUUUUCAAAACGAGCAUAGAUAUCCUACUGUAGAACUGUGGGACAUUGUCUACUCCUUCCUCUCCAUCAUCGGCGACAAAAAUCGUUUCAGCCUACGACGCCUGGAGGUGGACGUUCCAUGGCCCACGAUAUUGAUCAAGGAUGAGAUGGGAGUAGUGACAGCAUGGAGAAGACGCCGAGAGUGGAAUAGCAGAGUUUACGAGCCGGCAACCUAUGACAAUAGUAUAUAUCCACCAUACGAGCAUCUAUGCGGGAUAGGGGUUGAUUACACUGCCCCAGCUAUCGAAGCAGUUUUCCGAAUCCUAGGAUCUGAAGGUUCAAAACUCCAGUUAUCGUUGCUGCCUACCGGCAUGUACCAACCUGGGUCAAGCGAUCCUGACACACAACAAUGUUGUGGCAAUGCCGAGAUCCUAGAUCAUGUGGAGCGGAUGAGGAGACAGUAUUGUGUUCGCGGAGCUUUCAGUAGAGUGGACGUCUUGUGGAAAACGAAGACACAUGUCAAAGGCGGCGCUAAGGUGGUGAAAGACCUUGAAGAUGGUGGCUGGGAUGUUAACACUACGAAAGAUCCUUUGAUCCCUCAUGUAUGCAGCAGCGAGCCUGCUUGUCAUCACAAAUAUGAAUCACCGAUGAUGUCUAUGGUCAUGAUUCGAAGAGGUCAGACGACAGAUUCAUAG